AUGGCGAUAUCUAUUCAGCGGGGUGUUCCUGCAUUGCCUCGGUUUCCCACAAACCAAGAAGAAUUUAGUGGAAGUCACGAGAAUGGCGAUGAUUCAGAUGGUUCGAUUAGUAGGACUAUGGCUCUUGCGGAGGCACUUAUAAGCAGUUGCAAAUCUAAACAAGACGAACGAGGAGCAACAGCUUCGAGAAGUCGCGGAGUUCGCGAUGAGGGCAUAGAUGUGCAAGUCACACACAAGCUCCAAAUUCUUGAAGCUAAAUUAGAUACUUGUGUUUAUUUACUGGGUAAACUAGUAACAGAAGUGAAAGACUUGAAGCAAAGGAGCGUGUCUAAUAACAAUGGGAAUUCUGGCUUGGAACCUGCUAUUUCUGCUGAAGUAGAAUCCCAUUUGAAACUUGAUACUCAAGAAGGGGUGUCAGCCUUUGAAACACGACUGAAAACUUGCAAGAAGUUUGAAAAUGAAUUCGUUCGAAAAGUUAAGCAAGUUGGGGGAGCUAAUGGCAAAGAUUUUACUGAAAGAGCGUUAGCUUUUAUUUUUUCAAACAAAUUUGCGAAGGAAAACACCUGGGAAGGUAAAAUAACCAAGUACAAAGUUAACACUUUGAAAGUGAUUGAUAUUUGUGAAAAGGUUAUUCUUGAAAAGUUUCCGACGUGGGACAAAGCUGAAUUCAGCAAAGCUGGAACUAAUUGGUUUAGGCUUGUCAAAUUGGAAUUUGUACCUACUCGCACAGGAUAUUUGCUACUCAUAGAUGGAUAUACAUACUGGAAGGACGCGCGGAGUAAAUCCAGCAUCUAUUGGUACUGUUCCAAACGUCACCAAAAGUGUCCAGCUUUCGUGAAGACUGAUCAUGGACACACGCACAUUAUAGCAUCGUCUAUCUUUCACAACCACGAACCUAGAUUGUAUCCGAAUUCAAAUGGACAAAUUAACACUAUCGUGGCUCACGUGUCCGACUAG